AUGAUGCUAGCGGCGGCUGCUGCAGCAGCUGCAUCGGCAGCUACAUCCAACAGCAAUACCAUCGGCAACGAUUGCUCACCAAGCUUCAGCAAUACCAAGCUCAACACUAGCUGCAACGGAGGCUACUCCGCUGACGUUUCGCUCACCGCCAACAACACAAUGUCGGUUGGCGCGAUUGUUGCCUCACCGCCGGCAUCAACAUCGUCGUCCUGUUCGGUAGCCACCACCAGCUGCAACCCCCAAAUAGCAUCACCAUCCUCCGUUGUAUUGCUGGACGAAAAGCAACUGCCACCAGCGGGUCCGGAAGCUGUCGUUUUAGGCGCUCCCAAACCCGGUACAAGUAUGCUUGCAAAUGGGAGUGCUAUGGAGGCCGGACCAUCACAACCACCAGUACCGGUUGCACCGAGCACACCGGAAACGGUUCAAACUCCGACGGUAUCUCCGGGUGUUGCGGCGGUGCAAUCGCCCGCCUCCUCGUUUGUUGCAGGAAGCUUGCUUCCAUCACUGCCACCACCACAAGUUAUGAAACAGCAGCAACAUCAACAGCAGCAGAUGCGGCAUGUUAAGCUCCACACAGCGCAAACCGUUCCACCAACAACGGGAGCAGUAGGCAAAGCUUUACCGACAACGGAUAGUGCAGCUAGCGCCGUAUGCCCUCGGAAAGGAGCACCAUUGUCACAGAGCUACAGAGAAUCUGCUAAGAUGGAGAACGGGUCGCGAAAUGCAACCCAACAUCAGCGUGCAUCAGUUUCUCUGACCUCGGAAGCGUCAUCUAAUCAGCAAUCGCCGGCAACCUUGUCUCAACCCGCUGCUGUAAACGACGCUUGUAACCCAGUGGCAGGUGGUGCUAUGGCAAACACUAGCAAAGCAAACACGCCAGCGGCUAGCAGUAGUGCAGCUGUGGCAAAUGAUGCAUAUAUUCCUCCACAUCAGCAGCAACAGCGCCAGACGAAGCAUUCGGAGCAACCGAGCCAACAGCAGCAGCAGCAGCAACAGUCAUUUGCAGCUCAUAACCACCAGCAACAGCAGCAACAGCAAUCGUCGGCAGCAGCAGUUGCGGCAGUGGCUACUGCAGCGUUGCUAGCUCAGCAACACCACCAGCAGCAACAGCAGCAGCAUCAACAGCAACAUCAUUAUCAGCAAUCGUCUGCUGUCGCCGUUACAUCACAGGCUGUCACUCAACUGGCAGCAGCUUCGGCCGCUGCUCUGCCUCCGAGCCACCCCCACGCUCUUCAUCAUCCACACGCACACAUGCAUCCGCACCAACAGCAACAGCAGCCACAGCAACAUGCCGUGGUACCACUGUCGGCUGGUAAUGGGUUCGGAAUGACAGCUGGUCAGCUGCAGCAACACCGGCAGCAGCAGUACUUGCAGCAGCGUCAACAACAGCAACCAGGGCCACCACAUCCCAAUGCCGCAUCGCAGCUUACAUUGCCAGUUGGUGGGCCACCUGGUGCAGGUGCGUUGCAGGCGUCGGUGUUGACAGCUCUGCACCACUCAACGCAACAGCAAGCACAACCGCCGCAGCAGCAUCUGCCUCAUCUGCAUCAUCCACAUCACGUUCAUAAACAGCAGCAGCAGCAACCACCGCCACCAUGUCCACCCCAUCCUCAGUUGGCACCGCUGCAACCUCAGCCGACCCAACAGCAACCGUUAGCAGCCGCACCGACUGCGGUGGCGACGGUUGCCGUGAAUGCGCCUGCAGCAAGCGCUCACGCGCAACAACAGAGCAUCAACCUGAACGUGAACCAUCACGUCAUCUCGACACCGAUCGUGGUGGAUUUCUCCAACAUGACAGUCAACUGCGUCCAGUUGCAGGAGGCUCAGCAUCCCAAUCCGAUCGCGGCGGCGGCUGCUGCGAUGGCGGCAGGAUACGGAGCUGCUGCUGCUGCUGCUGCCUCGGUUCCGGCCGCCAUCAGCAGCCGCCAGGGGGCUAAGUAG